AUGAAGCUGAUUGUUGCUACUCUCUUCUGUACCCUCAUCGCCGUCGCGAAUGCUGGCGGUACCCCACUCACCCAAGCUCAAGCUGAGGCUAGGCUCAUUCCCAACGGAAUCACUGCCUCCUCGUCUGGCGGCUGCACCGACAGGUGCACCUCGUACCAGGGUAUCCUUUCCGGUACCGUCGACGGAGUGAUCACUUUGAAGAACGCAGCCGGCGUAUCGUCUCUCGUCAUCACUGGUGGUACCGAGACCGGUCAUGCCACUGGGGGAACAUACACCCAUGGUAAUGGCUACAAGGUCGAUGUCCGCCACUCUACCCAACUCGACAAUUACAUCAAGACCGCAUUCACCAAGAUUGCUAAUCGUGGCGAUGGUUAUCCUCAAUGGCGAGCGGCAAGCGGAAACAUUUACUGCGUAAGUGCAUUUUCAGGGAUUCAAAGAAACGUACAAGGAGCUCACCGUUGA